AUGCAUAUUCUCUCCGAGCCCGAUGUGGCCCAGAUCUUCCGCAGCUUGACCCAGUCACAAUGCCAUGAAUUUAUCAGCGUUCUGGGUGAUGCUUUGGUCGCCAUAUCCGCCGAGUCCAAGCCAAAUGUGCCUGCAACAGAGAAAUUGAUACAUCAGCCACUUCGCACCGUCUUUGCCACAAAGGCAGACAACUCAUGCAUCUUUAUGCCAGUGUCAGACACAGUCACUACAGGUGUCAAGGUUGUGACUGUGGCCAAGGGCGGAAUCCAAGGUGUCAUUAACAUCUUCUCGCCCGAUGGACGUCUGCAGGGUCUCCUCGCAGCCGCCGAGGUGACAGCUUUUCGAACGGCGUUGGCCUCAAUGACGCUUUUCGUUCGAAGUACUGCAAUUAGCAAGGAGAAUGUCUUGGUCUUUGGAUCGGGGCGUCAAGCCGAAUGGCAUGCCAGACUGGCACUGCUUUUGUACCCUGAUCAUAUCAAACAAGUCACAUUCGUCAACCGCGGCCGUCAACGACUAGAAGAAAUGGAGCACUCUGUGUUCAACGAUCUGCGUCAACGCUAUCCCAAUGUAUCCGUCAAUACCCUCGCCAAAGAGGAUACUCCGGACUAUGACCAGCGACUUCUCGCAGAGCUUCAAGCCUGCGAUGUAAUCUUCAGCUGCACGCCCUCCCUCAUGCCAAACUUCUCUUAUUCCGCGCUUCAGUCUGCGCCCAAACAGCGCUUUAUCUCCCUUAUUGGAUCUUACAAGCCACCUAUGCAUGAAAUUGAUACCGAGACUCUGCUGUCGGGUGGAGGAAAGAUCUAUGUUGAUUCUAAGUCUGCUUGCUUGGAGGAAUCGGGUGAGCUUAUUACGGCGAAAAUUACCGAGGACCACUUGACCGAGAUGGGUGACCUCCUUGGGGAAUUGGGUCCAUCGGAUGCAAUUGCUGUUCCGAACGGGGCGAAUGUGAUUUAUAAGUGUGUGGGAAUGGGUUUGAUGGAUUUGGUGGUUGGGAAGAAGGUGCUUGAGGUUGGGAAAGCGGGUGGAUUGGGUACGCAUGUUGAUGGAUUCUAG